UUUCCUACGUCUUCACUCAGAAGACAAAAGCAAAGCGGGGGUCUCCAGUUCGCACAAGGAGCAAGAUCAGACACUGUCGCUUUGAGCUCGUAACGCCAGACACAGACCAAGAUGGGCAAGACAAAGGACGUCAAGGCGGCUUACUUUGAGAAGCUCCGCGUACUCGUCGAGACUUACCCUGCCAUCUUUGUCGUCGAAGUCGAGAAUGUCGGCUCGAAUCAGAUGCAUCAGAUUCGACAGGCACUCCGAGGCAAGGCAGUCGUCCUCAUGGGCAAGAACACGAUGAUCCGUCGUGCGAUGCGAGGCAUGAUCACCGAGUUCCCUCAGCUCGAACGAUUCCUGCCUUACGUCAAGGGCAACGUCGGCUUCGUCUUCACAAAGAGUGAUCUCAAGGAGGUCAGAGACAUCAUCGUCGCCAACAAGGUCGCCGCACCUGCCCGUGCCGGUGCCUACGCUCCCCUCGAUGUUUCUAUCCAGGCCGGUCCUACCGGUAUGGAACCUGGCAAGACAUCCUUCUUCCAGGCACUGGGUAUCCCUACCAAGAUCGCAAGAGGUGCUAUCGAAAUCGUCUCUGUCGUCAAAGUCGUCACUGCCGGCACUCGCGUCGGUGCCUCAGAAGCGACCUUGCUCAACAUGCUCAACAUCUCGCCCUUCACGUACGGAGCUGUGCCCAUCGCAGUCUUCUCUGACGGCAUGGCCUUCAACCCGUCCGUGCUCGAUGUCGAAGACAAGGUGCUGAUCGAUCGCUUCCUGUCGGGCAUCAAGACGAUUGCCGCCAUCUCGCUCGCAAUCAACUACCCCACACUGGCAUCCGUCACCCACUCGCUCGUCAACUCGUACAAGAACUUGCUCGCUGUCGCGAUCGAGACCGAAUACGAGUUCGAAGGCGUUCAGAAGAUCAAGGCUUACCUUGCCGAUCCUUCUGCCUUUGCUGCUGCCGCGCCUGCAGAGUCCGCCGCCGCUGCCGACGCGCCUGCUGCUGCCGCCGAGGAAGCGCCCGCAGAGGAAAAGGAGGAAUCCGACGAUGACAUGGGCUUCGGUCUCUUCGACUAGACAUGUCUUCCAUUGCAAUCUGUGCUCAGGUCCAAGUACAUGCCUGACCGCUGCUGAUGAAUUUGCG